CGCUAUAAAGCCGCGUUUACGCGCAGUGAGUCCCUCCACACAGCACAGCCCAGAGGCGGCAGCAGAGAAGCACCGAUAUAUCACACACAAGAGAGAGAACGCAUCUGUUCUGUCCGCGUAGCCUACAGCAGGUGACUUGGCUGAGCAUUCGGAGAUAGACACAAGAGACUUUGAGCUGAUCCUGAGCCAAACCAGUCACAGUGUCUCCAGCAGACCGAGGGAGUGGGCUCAGCCAAUCAAAGUGAUUAGCAGACUCGGACAGCCAAUCACGGUGACUCUAGCGACAUGACGACCAACCAGCUGUGGCCAACUGAGAAGGGUAUAGAAAGACUAUAACAGCCUGUCUACCCCAUCACCCUGUACCCCUCUACACCGCCUUGAACUCGAGCCCCCCAUCAACUCCCAGUCUCUACCCCCUCAGAGGGAGUUCAGUAAGCACCCUCUAACAGCCUCCAAAGCCCUUCUUCCACCAUGACCAAUAACAGCAGCUCCCCUGGCAUCUGGGAGACCACUGAUUGGUCCGAGUCAGGCCAGUGCCCGCCCUCGGUGUGCGGGGCCACAUUCCUUAUUGUGGCCUACAGCACGGUGAUCGCGGUGGGGUUACUAGGCAACGUGGGCCUGGUGUUCAUCAUUGGGCGGCAGAAGGAGCUGCGUAACGUCACCAACAUUCUGAUCGCCAACCUGUCCUGCUCGGACAUCCUGAUGUGUGUGGUGUGUCUGCCAGUCACCGUCAUCUACACUCUGAUGGACCGCUGGGUAUUGGGGGAGGCACUCUGCAAGGUCACUCCGUUUGUACAGUGUGUGUCAGUGACGGUGUCUAUAUUCUCCCUGGUGUUGAUUGCGUUGGAGCGCCAUCAGUUGAUCCUGCACCCUACUGGCUGGUCCCCAGCAGCAGGCCACUCCUACCUGGCCGUAGGUCUCACCUGGUUGGUCGCCUGCUUAAUAUCCCUCCCCUUCCUAUCCUACAACAUUCUGACUGACGAUCCCUUCCAGAACCUCACACUGCCCGCCAACCCCUUCAGAGACCAUGUGAUCUGUAUGGAGAAAUGGCCGACAGAUAGACACCGUCUGGCCUACACCACCUUCCUGCUGCUGUUCCAGUACUGCGUCCCCCUGCUAUUGGUGCUGCUCUGCUACCUCCGCAUUUUCCUACGCCUACGUCGACGCAGGGACAUGGUGGAGCGGAUCCGGAAUGCCCGAGGAGCCCAGAGGAUCAAUGCUAUGCUGGCGGCCAUCGUAGCUGCCUUCGCCCUCUGCUGGCUGCCGCUCAAUGUGUUCAACACGAUAUUCGACUGGCACCACCAGGUGCUGCCCGCCUGCCAGCACGAUGCUUUGUUCUCUGCCUGCCACCUCACUGCAAUGGCCUCCACCUGUGUCAACCCUGUGGUGUACGGCUUCCUGAACAGUAACUUUCAAAAGGAGUUGAAGGUUCAGCUGCAGCGCUGCCACUGUGGCUUGGGGGCGCCAGAGAGCUAUGAGAAUUUCCCGCUCUCUACCGUCGGCAGCGAGGGGAUAACCAAGAUGUCAACGCUGAACCGGGCAGGGUCAAUGAGCACCGCGCUGCCUCCACGGGCCGAGCCCAGUGUUAGCAUACGCAGCUAACGUCUAGCCAACAGAGUCUAGCCACGCUACACUACUUUCUACUGAGUAGUGUAGCGUGUACAGCUGUCAGACAGGGUGUAAACAACAAGGAUACAGUUCAUAUCAAGUAAGCAGCAAACAGACAAACCCUCAAAUGAACAGAGCUGGCAUAGAGCAGCUAACGCUACUGGACAGAGCUAGCGGCUGAUGCUAAAGAGAGACAGAGUGGAAAUAAGCAGCUGGACAGACAGAGCUAGUUGGCCCCAGUUUCCAUGAGGUUCACUCCAUUUCUGAAUUCCUAUAAAGCAUUGCAGGCCGAGCAGACUAUACAGGACUGAUGUAUGCACUUAGCUAAAAUAAAAAUGAACGAACAGAUCCAUACAGCUAAUCAACGGAGCAGCUCGUGGACAGAGUAGCACACAUGCAGCUACGCUAGGUAGCACACAGCUGGAGAGACUGCGACAGAGUGCACACAUGCAGCUACGCUAGGUAGCACACAGCUGGAGAGACUGCGACAGAGUGCACACAUGCAGCUACGCUAGGUAGCACACAGCUGGAGAGACUGCGACAGAGUGACAGACCCAGGGACGUGUGGGCUCUGUUUCCAUGGUGACGGGGUAUUUCUGAACUAAGUCAGUUUGUUCCCAGAAGAAUUGUCGUCACCAGAGUUUGACAUCAUCCUAGGGUGUUAAGCUGCUGUCACGCCAGUCAGAUGGAUGGAUGGACAGACGGUCAGUCAGUCAGUCAGUCAGACAAUUCCAAACUCAGGGCUGCCUUGAGCUGAUAUGACAGCUGUCUGUCUAACAUCAGAAUAACCCUGUUGACACUGACAGCCCUCCCUCUCAGUCGCUGUCUCCCUGUGAGCUGUUCAGUAAUCAGAGAUCAGUCUGAGACAUGCUGAUGAAAGAGACAGAGAGAGGGGAGGAGAGAGAGAGAGUCCCUGAUGUUGCUUACGCAUUGCAGACAGAUCUGCAAGAGCUGGCUGACCGGACUGGCUGUCUGGUCUACUGACUGUCUGGCUGGUCUACUGUUAUCUGUCUGGGUGGCCGACUGGCUGAUUGGCUGGCUGGCCUACUGUAGAUCUUCAUCAAUAAUUUAUGAUUGUACAGAACAGUGGAAAUGGAUGUAAAAAAAAAUAUAUACCAUGAUUUUUAUAUUUUUGUCUAAAAGUAAAACAAGAUUCCACUUCUUCUUUCCAUUUGUGGUGAAAGUGCCAAGGCUCCAGCUUGAUGUUGUGCAUCUGUCAUUUUAUAUAUGGAGAGUUUUUGUUAGCUCUGAUUU